AUGUGCGAGUGGUCGGCAGAAGCGGGCGAGCAAAAAGCGAGGCAAAAUGGGGACGGAGGCGGCCGAAUGAAGCAGCCCCAACCUCCACCCUUCGCAGAUGCCUUCGAUGAUUACAUGGCGAGGUCCCGCAGGAGCCCACUGAUGAGAGACCAGUGGAGAGCCGAAGAGGACGCUCGACAUAGGCCUGACAGUCGACACAGAACCGCAGACAAAUUUGAUCCAAGACCACCUUCUCCCCCGCCGGUGCGACGUGAACUCUCCAAAGACAGGUAUCAAGGGCGCGAAGUGGUUGGAACUGAGUCGUAUCGCCCUUCCAGAGACCGCGAGAGAUCUCGGGAAUCCAGGAAGCACAAACAUCGUAGAGCCUCGCCCUCACCUAGAAGACACACCAAAUCCAAACACGCCGAACCCAAACGACCACGACCCCUACCCCUGGCCCUGGAAGAGAGAAUCACGCACCCUCGAGAUCAGCCUGCCGUCAGUGCUAGCAAACGCAGGAGGACGCGCAGUCCUUCACUUGCCCGCAGUGAUCGCUACGUUCCAUCCUCACGCAGACACAGUCGCAGCAGGGAUCGUCCAGACCGAAGAGAUAGGCGUGCUGUAGGUACUGACCGCGCUUUCUCGCCCCGCAGACAUUCUCCUGCUCGCCCUGCUCGACCAGAUCGUCGACCAGGAACCCCGGCCUUUGAUACCUAUAUUCCUUCUCAUCGAAGCCGCGAUAGAUCACGAACCCCUCCCACCCGCUCCAGGAGAAGCAGGCAUUCCCGAUCGCCUCGGCAAGAAUCUCCUCCACACCAUCCGCGUCGUGAUAGAGGUCGAAACCCCGACCGUGAGCUGCGUGAAUUAUCUCGCACUCCGAUCCGGCGUAGGUCAUCUCGAUCCGAGUCUCCAGCACUGGAAUCAAGACCCAAUAGGAAGAUGCACUCGACUCAGAAGAUUCAGUCCAUCAUGGACGACCCGAACAGGCCACCUUCUCCUUCUCGACCGAUGGCACAAUAUCAGCAAGGCAACCAUGAUCCAAUGGAUGGACGACCUCCCAUGCGUGGUGGUUACUCUUCACAUAACAAUAUGAUGCAUCCAAACCGACCUCCCAGGCCACCGCCCGUAGAUACCCGUCAUUCCUUUGGCGGCUCUCCUGGCUUCGUCACGCCAAACAGCUCCUAUCACGGCUCGCCGCAGUCUGCAUCUCCAUUUGGCAAUCGAGGAGGCUGGGGUGGCCAACAGCAAUUCCAUGGUCCACAUGGACAAAUGCCGGCACACUCCCCUCCAUACCGCCAAAACAGCUAUCCUGGACCAGCCGGUAAUCCGAAUCCCUAUUACCAGAACCAGCAGGGCCAAUACGGCGGACCGCCCUCCCAUGGCUUCCAACAACCAUCCUAUCGAGGUAACAAUCCUUCUUACCGAGGAGGUCAUUUUCAGCAUCCUUCCGAUCGACGCUUUUCAGGCCCUGGCCCCAGUCCUCAGCAACAAUUCUCUCCUCCCUCGAGAGGUCGUGGUGGUCAUUUCAGCAACUUACAAUGGACCGCACCAGGUGCGAAACGAGCCGGCCCACAAAGCCAGAAUUUCAAUUCUAGCCAACAGAACUCCAUACACUCUUCUCCAGCCCUGUCUCACCGCGGAUCACAAGAAUCGUUCACCAACCCUGAUGAAGAUGACAAUCCCUUUCGACCUUCCAAAGAUCUGCAAGUGGAGGAUGAAAAGAAGAAGGACAAGAUGGCUCCGCCAGGGAGACAGCAGGGUAAUGACAACCAACAAAAAGAUGCUUCGAAAUUCUCCUUUGCAUUCAAAUCGAAAGCACCCCCUUCAGCUCCAGCUAAGCCUCCACCAGAUCUAUCAACCAGGAUGAAAGACUCUCUUCCUCCGCGGGUUACAGAUGGUCCGAAAAACCCGAACCUGCAGCCCAUCACCAAGUCUCGACUCGAGCCACGAAUUGAACGACCCGAUGAUCGGCAUGCUACACGCAAGGAUGACCAACGGGAUGGCAAGAGAAGCGAACAACGCGCUCGAGAUAACCAACAUCGACGCUAUGACGGCCGGCGCGAUGGCUUCCACAACGAUCGCCGGCCACCACGCUCUCCUUCGCCUCCGAGAAAGAAGAUCAAAAAGAUCAUCAAACCACGACCCACCGUUCCUGCCGAAAUGUCUGCGUCAGACUCAAUCUACUACCGCAAACCAGGUAACGAAUCUGUUGUUGGCGCAGGCACUUACGGUAAAGUCUUCAAGGCCAUCCACAUCUACACACGAGACCAGGUUGCCCUGAAGAAGAUCCGCAUGGAAGGUGAACGAGAUGGAUUCCCCAUCACCGCCGUACGCGAGAUCAGGCUACUUCAGCACCUGCGGCACAAACACGUCGUCGCGCUACAGGAAGUCAUGGUGGAGAAGAACGAAUGUUUCAUGGUGUUCGAAUACCUCAGCCACGAUAUGACAGGCUUGAUCAACCACCCCACCUUCACUCUCACCCCAGGCCAUAAAAAGCACCUCGCAAAGCAAAUGUUCGAAGGACUUGACCAUCUUCACCGCCGUGGCGUGUUGCACCGCGACAUCAAAGCCGCCAACAUCCUCAUCUCCAACACAGGGAUCCUCAAAUUUGCCGAUUUCGGCCUCGCCCGCUUCUACACUAAAUCCCACCAGAAUGACUACACCAAUCGCGUCAUCACCAUCUGGUACCGCCCGCCAGAACUCCUGCUCGGAGAAACCCAGUACGGACCCGCCGUCGACAUAUGGUCCGCCGCCUGCGUUUUUGUGGAGAUGUUCACCCGGAAGGCCGUUUUCCCUGGCGAAGGAACCGAGCUGUCACAGCUUGACAAGGUGUAUGCUAUGCUCGGUACGCCUACCCGCAACGAUUGGCCGCGAAUCGUCGAUCUCCCGUGGUUUGAACUUAUGCAGCCGGUCGAACGGAGGAAGCGGCAAUUCGAAUCUCAAUAUCGCGACGUCUUCACCCCCGCUGCCCUCGAUCUCGUGACCAAGAUGUUCCGAUAUGAUCCUACAAAGCGCCCGAACGCGGAGGAGGUGCUGGCGCAUCCAUAUUUCCUGGAGGAGCAACCGAGUCCGCAACAAGCCGUCGAACUAGAACAGAUCAAUGGCGAUUGGCACGAGUAUGAGAGUAAGCAGAUGAGGAGGGAGAACGAACGGAAGAGGAAAGAGGAGUAUACUCGGGAGCGGGAGAAGAGGAAGGCGAGGGAGGCGGGGUUGAGGGAGGGGGUUGUGGAGGGAAGUGGCGUUGUGGAGGGACAGCAGGAGAAGAAGCAAAAGCUUGGAGGGAGUAGGCCUGGCUCUAGGGACGAAGGUGGCGGGAGUGCGAAGACCACAAUGGCGGGAUCGCAUGCAACAUCUUGA